AGGUCAAUGUUGCGGCGGAGCUGGCACUAAUGAUGGCGAUGAAUGAUAGUGACGGAGACAACGAUCUUUUUGACAACAUCAAAAUUAAUAUCAAGCUUGAUGAUGGAACCAUUGAUCCCGAUAAGAGAUCAUUUUGGGUUCUUUUGUCUUCUUUGGUGCUAUUUGUAGCAUGGAUAAUCUUCUUGACAUACUAUCUCUCCAGAAUAAUUGGUCCCAUUGUAUCCUUCAUCUUGAACAGAUAUCUUCGUUUCACCAAAACGCCAGGUCACAUAAAGCUGGGAAGUUUCUCGCUCAGUCUUCUCGGUGGUAAACUUAUGUUCAAGGAUUUUCUCUUUGCAAAUGAUGACUACUCCAUCCGCAUCAACGACGCAUGGAUCAUAUUUUCUUACUGGAGAUAUGUGCCUGGACGCAAAGUGUGCUUCAAAAGCAAUGCAUCUCGACUGCAUGUAUCUUUGAAUGGUUUGCAAAUACAUGUGUAUAAUCGCGUGCAGCGCUAUAAAGAGAUAGCCAAACUAUUUCGAAUGGAGAAAGUUUUUGGAGAUGACCCGGAAGUAAAAAGACAAUUGCCUGUGGACAGCGCUGCUCCGUCCGCUUACUGGGACCGUAUUUGGUCAUUAGUUGGUGUGAUAAAGCUAGACAUAUGGUCUGGUAGAGUUGUCAUCGGCAAUCGACUUUUGCCAUACAUGCUUGUGGUUUCGCUUGAAAACAUGAACAGCAAAGUGCGUCUUUAUGAGUCCGUUGCUGACCGAGCUCUUCUCUCAGUAGAAGGCCAAGCAGAGAGUGUGCGCGCAGAUUUUCUCAAACAUCCAGACUAUACAGGAACUCCAUACAAGGAUCCACCUCGAACUAUGGGUGACGGUUUUGCUUUACUGCAGAGUGCAUUACUUCAUUUCUUUUACCAUCAGGAUAUUCUGGGCUAUGUCACUGUGGACGAACAAUCUCUAGUGAACCAACGUCCUGUUUGGGAAUCAAUUUUGCGCUUUGACCACAAUACGGUACUUUCAUAUGGUCCUUGGGUAGAAAGUCAAAGGGCUCUUCUGUAUAGUUUUUUCUUCCCUUCAGAUUAUCAGACGGCCGCGGUAGACGAGCUGCCGAAACGUGGGAAAAGAAGGAUCUACAUUAUGCAUGAUGUCAGGAUCUCUCUGCUGAAGGAAACUGCAGUCGAUAUCUGGUUCAUGCGAGGUGAUCAGUUGGAAAGCGUUCACAGUCGUUGUCAGCCGGGAAGCACUAUCGAUAUGUCGAUAUGGUGGAUCACGAAGGAAGAUGGAUUUAGUUGGAGUGUACAUACUUCCUUACUGCGAUUAGAAAGCACUUCAUCGCUUCCCUACCGUAAGCUUUUGGAAGCUGAGACCUUCAGCGUGGAUGCGGAAUUCCAUUAUCCUAGGGUGUUUAACGCUAAGCAAACAUGGGAUUUCAAGUUCCGCCUUUCAAAGUGCUGCUGCUGGCUAGUGUGGGAUCAUCAACGAUUUGUUACAGAUCUUCUGAAUGAAUUUUUGGGCGAUACAACAUCCGAUCUCGUUACUUUCGUUCCUUAUACUGUAGCGAUUGAUUUCGACGUCACGGACAGUUUCGAGGGUAUACUUCUCUUGAAUGAAUCUAAUUGGGUUGAUCCAACGGAGAAAAAUCCAGAAAAUGUGGAGGCAGCAAUAGUUGGGAGUCAUUUCAAUCUGUCAUUCACUUUGCCCUUCGAGGAUUUUAUGCCCGAAUUGAUAACUACGAAGUAUUCCUUGCGAUUGGAGAAUGGUCUCGCGCUGCGGAUGCGUUACCCACCCGGUAGUGCAAUAGCUUCGGUGGUAGCAGCUUUGUUCCGAGGAGCUCAUGUGAAUCUGUACAGCACUCCGGCACCACAUGGAAAACAUUCUAGGGAUAAUGAGGAUUGGCAUGAAGUUUGGCGGACAGAAAGCGUCACGAGUAUUAUCGAAUUCACUUAUCAUCCACUAGUACCGAAGUUCAAAUCUGAUAUACCAUUCCAUGUUCUGCAAGAAUUUCUUCCCAAACCAGUAGAACACCCAAAAGAUCUUUCGCCUGAUAAGAUGGAUGUAAAAUUGGAAAUAGGUGGAUCUGAGGUACAGUUUACUGGGGCAUUGAUUAAAUGUGUGAUCGAGUUGAAGAACAAUUAUUUUGGACUUUACGAUUCGAUGACGGAUGUCACUCAACCUGGAGAUCCAGCGGCCAAUCGCUCGAUCUAUAGUCGUGUGGCUCCAAAUGCUCCUGUAGAAAAGUAUCGGCCAAUGGAAGUGACGUUUGACAUGAGAGUUUUCAACAUCAGGGCGCACUGUCUCACAUAUGGCCCUUGCUCUGAAGAAAAAGAGCUGUGUCCUGUGUUGUACACGGAGGAAAUUGCCGUUCUUAUCAAAAAAGGUUUCAGCGAGACGCUGAUUCAGAUUGGUGUGGGGCCUUGUGCCGCUUAUUUCGAACGAGUUUCUGCAAUCCAAAGCGACGGCUACAUGACUCUUUCUGGCUUACAAUUUCGGGGUCACGCUAUGUUCUCAUCUGAAGACUGUCCUUGGGAUAUGGCCGUUGUCGAAUACGGUUGGCUCAUGGAGAUAUUGGUUGGGGAAGUGGGCGGUUGCUUGGGUACACCAUCUCAGAUAAUUUCACUGGUGAACUUUCUUGACACAUUGCUGCUGCUAGUGAUUGCCAAGGAUGAGGAAAAAGUUGUUCCUGAACGCUUCAAGUUUUGCCAGCACGGACAGACUGCUGCUACGUGUACUAAGGGCUCGCAGCCGGGUCGUCCCUGUGAGACAGAAGAACGACUGAAAUAUCGUCAAAUGCGAGUCUCUGUGGAUGGAGUUCGACUAGCGUUGGCAGACGAAAAUUCAGCUUUGACUGUUGCCGUUGAUCCUCUACGAUUUACUCUUUGCAAUGCUCAUGAGAAAAGAUUUACGGAGCACAUAUGCUUGCGGAUACCCAACAUUGUAGCUCGUCAACUUUUCCAUCCCUCUGAAAGUCCAACGUGGAUUGAAUGUGCUCGAGCGAGCAUUUCUGGGACAUCGUUAGACGUCGAGCUUCCAUUCCCCUACGACUCCAGCCAUCUGGAAGUUCUUCGGCAGUCUUUCCUCUUGAAGCAUGAUAGGGCAACGAGACGUUUACAGUUUCUUUGGGAUCGAACCAGUGUUUGGGGCUGUGCCUGCUAUGGCGGAACUGCGUUCAUGGCAAAGGAGGAUAAACUAGGGCAAUUUUUCCUAACGCAUCUCGAUCGUCAACUGUGCGUACAUUCUAUGAAUGCAGAUACGAACGGUCAACCAGGAGUGUUUCAAGAUAUUCUACAUCCGGAGAGGAAACUGUUUCGUGAAGAACUUCAUCAAUAUUUCACUGCUUCGCGAAAAACGAGCUCACAGUCAAGGAACACAGGCGCUGGCAGCGAAAUACCUUCAGUAGAAACGGCAUCCUUCCAUUCCGCUAUGUCUAAUACUUUGCCCAUGCCGGCGGAGAAAUGCUUGUUGUCAAUGCGCCCACUCAUAGAAGCUUAUGCCGAAUACCUCAAUCAAUUUGAGGUAGCCAAAGCAAAAUCAGAAGCACCACAAUUUGGCGCACCUGGUGACAUUGCUCAAUGGGUUGAGUCUAGGACCUUCGAUAUUUUUGAGGCUCAAGAGGGAGUUGCUGAAGUACAUCUUCGAGUAGAAGACCUUGGGAAAGGCUCAUCAAGAACUCAGUCGGAGCUGUCCUGUGAGGUGUUUGGAGGGCAACAGAAUAAUGACUUACCGGCCAAAUCUUCUCAUCGCAGCUUUGCGAUAAAUGGUUGUGUAGCUUCUGUUAUGGAGGUCUUCUUUACCCCUCUUGCAUUUGAAGUGAUGGAUCGCUUCAUAAAAGACAUCUCUCGGUGUGCAUCAUCAUUACAUCCAGCAAUGCUUGCGCAAAUCUGUUAUAGGGAAUGUGUGGGUAAAGAACAUCGCCAACCACUUACAGAAUCACUCUUCACCUCAUCGGAAACAGGAGCAGCGCUAGGUGUUUCGGUCGACCUACCACGGGUUCAUAUAUCAAUGUUUGAGUGCAGCCUUAUCAGCGGUAGCGGAUCUGGUGAAGUCAGAACAGCUGCUAAUCUGGGUCUAGUUUUAUUGAAGAAAGCUUCCAUAUCUUCUGGAACUAUAAAGGAGUUUGCCGACAAAGGUACUUCUUUUCACGCUCACUCCUCUGUGCUCUCGGCUCAGUUGCUGCACUUUACCCCAAUACUAGUAAGCGACUUUGCCGGUAACAGAGUGAAUUUCAAUGCAACUGUGAACUGGGGAAAAACAGCACUCGCGUCUCGUUUACUGGAUGUAGAACCGAGAGUAGUAGUGGAUUUCCAAAUUCCCGAUUUGGAAGUCAUGGUUGAGCGACGAGAAGCACAGCAGAGCGAUUCUGUGGCUGCUUCAGAUAAGGCAGCAUCGCUUCCACUGGUAAAGACGUUGUAUUUACACAAAGCAAAAGUUGAGGUUGGUUCAGUCAGUACGCUCGUAGUGAUGGCUCGUCCUUUGGAAAUGACGGGCAAGAAUGAAUUUCCUCUAUAUGAUGUGCUUUCACCUUGUUUGACAACUUGGUUGCAUACAUCCGAAAAGCUAGCUGAUAGUAUCAGUGAUUUUUCUCUAAACUGGAGUGCGACUAUCGAUAUGACGUUUGCUCAAGUUUUGAAGAUGGCUUUGGAUUGCACUGAUGAUCGCAUUUUUACCGCGGCCAUCAGCAAAAGUGUCAUGCUGAAAGUGAAGGAACUGGGGCCGAAUUUGGCUGGCUGCCCUUCAUGUUUGCUGCUUCAUACUCUACUUAGAUGGUGCGCCCUACCCUCAUCCGCGGAAAAGCUUUCUACUUCUUCUUUGACGCCGGGAACACAUCCACAGUUUUCGGAGAAAGCAAAUAGAAAAACAGCUUUGAUGGCAUUACUCAGUCACUGGCAUACGGACAUCUGUCAGCAGGUCAAACUCGCUUCGAAUGUCGAAGCUCGAAAGUACAGAGCUGAUCCAGGAAGUGUUGCUCGUGAAGUCCGCAUACCUAUGGACGACCUUGAGAAGCCGGAAAUGAAACAUCGCAGAAAUGCUAGUACCGGCAGCAGGAAUCUCACUGGUAACGGAACAACAAGUCAACAGCGACCAUCGGCACAGGAAAAAGUUGACCUGUAUCACUGGCUACUCUCUGUGCAUCGUGAAAGGAAAGAUCGCAAGACUGGGGAUUUGGCCAGCAAAGAUUACAUCAAUCCAAUGGACAUCGUACCACAAGCGUUCUUCUACAGCUUUUACCAUAGUCGACGUCUGGAUUGGACACAGCUUGAUGGAUUGCCUUUGAACCAACUAGCGCUUAGCUACACCAUCACUAUCAAUGACGUAGUCGUAGCUAUGGUAGAACAUAGGGUGGUUUCAUCGGCCGCUGAUGCUUCGCGAAAAUUUAUCACACCUCACCUACAUCAGCUGAUGCACAUCAAGAAAGUUUUCAUGGACGGAAAGAUGUCCUGGCGAAUCGACAUGGACGAAAAGGGGUUAUUGCCCGUGAGAGGAUGGUGCGAUCUGACAUACAGUGGAAAUGUGGAAAAUGUGCGAUUUGUGGUGGCGUUGUGCUCCGUAUGCUUGAUCAAGGAGAUUAUGCUGGUGGUGAAGAAUUGCAUCGAUAUCCCAGUCGAUUCAAAACGGCGCCCAAGUGUUUCCCCAUCAGCCGCUCGUUCUCCAGUAUCCGUACAGUCAAAUGCCACCGCGAAAACUCAUGCGUCAUUGUCGUGGGAUGAGCGAGUACUAGAUAUGAUGCGCGAUUUUGAGAAAAAUCGCAGUCGCAGUACAAAAAAGAAAAGAGGAGAUGUGCUGACGAAGAUUGUUGGUAACGUAGCCAUCGAUUCGAUCCGUCUAGAGUCGAUACUUACGGACUUGUAUGUAUCGUUGAUGGUGCAACUGAUUGAGGUGACACAGCAGCACAAUCCAAGUUACGAGCGUAGCACUAAGAUUCUGUCAGCAAACCAGACUCUUCAAAAGCUCCCUGCAGAUGUGAUCGACAUGAAAUUGAGAAAGGCUAGUCUUGCUUUGAUGGAGUCUGAGAAUGCUAAGCAAAAUACACACAUUGUGAAUUGUACGCUGCAUGAAAGCACAUCCAAAUUGACCAGAAGAUCUGGUGAUGCGAACUCUGAGGAACCACUCACAACGCUCCACAUAAUGCUUGGCUCUAUAGAAGGAGAAUUACCAAUGGCGGCUCACUCGCUUCAUGACGUAGUGAUGAGACAUGGACCACAGCUCGAGCAGCAGUUCAAUCGUCUGAGCGCUCAACCGUUAGCAAUCAGUAAUUCAGUCUUGAUUUCGGAUGUCAAUCUUGCAGAGCUACCGAUGGUUGAGCCCGGUGCUCCGGCUCCUUGGUUCGGGAAAGCUGAGCCAGCGAAAGCAAGGCCACGUGCACCUGUCGCAAAAGUGAAGUUCAAUUUCGAAACUUCAAGUAUUGAGUUGCGAGCGAGAUUGCUACCUAGUUUGCUCGCUCGCUACAAGCUGAACAGAGCAUCAAGCAGUGGUGUAACAGGUGAUGCUGCAAAAUGGACUGCAGGUAUUGACAGCCAUCAGGCAGAAUUUUGCGUUUCAUCUGCUGGUAAACCCAUGGACACUUUCACUUUGGCUUUACCGGCCAUAGCUGUGAACGGGGAGUAUACCGUAGAUAAAGGAGAUGCUGCCCCAACGACCAGUAAAACCCUAUUGUACAGGGAAGGAGGCUAUCUGAAAAUGAGUGUUACACUAGGCCAAGUCAAUCACUCUUUCACAACGGAUCUGCUUAACCAGAUUCUUUUCGCUGAGCAAUCAUUCCGCAGCGAACUCUCCGCGUUGGUCAGUCGUCUUAAAGCUGAACGAUCUGGGUGGUCUCCUACUGCUGCGCAAUCUGUACCUGCGGAAAAGCAACCUACAUUGCUGUUUUUCUUGACGGUAAAGGGACAAGGUGUUCCGUGGUUGCAAUUGACUGCCGCCACGCCUACAGCUACAGCGGUCCGUUUUACUGUCGAAAGUCUGGAUGCUGAGUUGACCAAUCGUUGGGUAGUGAAGGAACAUGGCUCAGCUAAAGAGCGGCUUUUUGGAGCUGCUGCAGUACAAUUUAAUGCAAAAUUGGGACAGCUGGUGAAAGUGGCUCAGUACGAAGAGCUGCAGCCCGAACUGCAAGAAUAUGCUACUUUCAUGACGCAGGUGCGAGUCGAAAACAAGGAAAGCUCGUCACAUCAGUCUUAUUCGUACCAUAUUGCCCUGAAUCGUCCAAUUCUGCUCGUCAAAUCAAGUGCUAUCGACAAGGCAAUUCUUCUGUGGCUGAAUUACAAGAAUACUUACGACUAUUGGAGAGAUGAAAGAAGUCGUGUUGUGCGAGCCGCUAAGACUAGGACCAAUAGUUUCCAACAUGCAAUGUUCUCACCACCUCAAGCUAGUCAGGUGAGAAAUGAUUUUGAUGUAAAUCUGACCCUGGCUAUAAACAACGGGAUGUACGUUUGCAUGCCACUUUACAGCCAAGAUCUGACAGACGGCAUGCCAGCUUUAGUAUUAUCUCUACAGAAAAGUGAUGUUACUGUAUGUAUAAUGAAGGAACUGGCAUGCCAGGCUUCUUUUCACGGCUUCAAGCUCAACUUUAUUGACAACUUUGAUGAACUGUCGCUGUCCGAAAGUAUCAUGGAGGCCACAGGCGAAACACAAACCAAUUACUUCUUCUUCCCUCAAGGAACAUAUCAGCUGUGCUCACAAGCCUCAGCUGAUGCUGCCGGCGCGAAAUGGGUUCUCAGUGUAAGGGCACAAAUGCGUGGAAUGGUGAUUGACCUAGAUCAGAGAAUAGGAAAACUGGCGAAAAUGGUUGUGAAUACCUUCUCAUCGCUUGGUGACAACGAAGAGGAGUUUGAUGAUAAGGCUUCUCACAUAUCAGAAGAUGAGGAUCAUCUGGUUGAAGGCGGCAGCGAAUUGAAAACACUUCGGCCAGAAGAAAGGGUGCCAUGGAUGGAAAGAAAGAUGCAUGAACAGUCCACUCUUGUGUCAGAUUUGGUAGCAUGUAAAGCCUCUGAGAAGCGAAUCGAAGCUGAACGCAAGAAGCUGCGUCAAUAUGAAUUGAUUCGUUUCAAAGAGUUCCGCAGAAGUAUGAUUGAGAAAAUUCGUCGACGUAAAAAUACAGCGAAGCAAGGGGAGAGAACUAGAAGAGGAUCGAAAUUGUCGGAAGCUUUCGAUAGUCUUCCUCGGGCUGCCAAGAUAACACCUGAAGGACGUGUAGCUGAUUCGGAUGAUAAGGGCCCAACCGAAAAUGUGAAGAUGGCUAUUGAUGUGCAGGUCAGCAUCGAGUCAGGUAGAUGCACUUUGCGAACGGCUCCCAAGCAAGAGCAGUCAGCAAUGGUGCCGUUAAUGGUGAAGAAGCCAUCUUCAAAAGAUCUACGCGCAAAAACAUUUUCGUCGAGUCAAUUAGUGAAUCUGACGAGAUUCAGCAUGCCCAGUCUCGAUAUGAAGGGAUACUACGUAUCCGGAGAUUCCUUAAUUCCCUCUUCGAUUACUACAGCCCUUGCCGAUCAUCAGCUGAAACAGAGUGCAUCGAUGGUUGAUGCAACUGCGCAUCCCUCUACAAGCACGGCUAAUGUUUCUUUGCAAAGGAAACGCGGAUGUUUUUAUCUGUCAGCAGCUCUAGCUUCGAUGCCUACAGAAACAGUGGUUACUCCUCAUCUCGCUGAUUAUCUUGAACAAGUUCUUGACCCGCUACCAAUUUCGUCGGGGGCCACAGUCACUUCCGUACCGUCAGCAGAACCGCAGGAAGGUGUAGCGCAUAUCGUCGGAAUGGACACAAGUGCUCUCCCAAUUGAUGUUCUUUUCUUUCUGACGGUGCAAAGCAGUACGAUCAGAUUCGAUGGGCAGCAGCAGCGAAGCUCGGCUGCAGAUUGCUUGUUGAAAUUACCAUGUUUGUCGCUGAUGGCUUCUACACGCCGAACAGUGGAAGAUGCUUACGUUGGGGGCAUUGAUGUUUCAGCAACUUUGAGCGCGUUUUCCCUAAGUAUUUACAGUCCACAUCAGCAAUCAACCGCCCAUGAUGCGCUAUCUCUCACUCUUGAUCAUCUUUCGUUUGUAAUUUCUCGCAGUAAGAACUCCUCCAUUGAAGCGGACAAUAGAGUGAAAUUCGUUCUGACGUCUAACAUCGGUGCUGCGAAUUUCAAUUAUGACAUGCGAAGACUCAGCGAAUUGAUAGCAUUCCCAAAACCAUGGUAUCGUGCUGCGAUCGCGCGUAGAGUAUUCUUUGGGGAUCAAGCAAUGUCCCGUGAACCUGCUAGUCAGCCGAGCACCAUUGCUAGUCGAAACUUAAUUGUUUCUAGUUCUGGACCGACAACAGUGCGAAACGACAAAGCAUGGUCCGCUACAGUACUUCUGGCUGUCCAAUGGAAAGAAUUGAACGUUAACGCGCAAAUGUCAAAUACUAUGGGCAAUACAUCGUGGAAGGCUCGUCGAGGGCUCUUGAGAGCCAUAGCUAAGCUGAACUCUCGCUCGGAAAGAAACGUAACGUUAACGUUCAAACUCGAUUCAAGCGAACUGACAGCUCACGGUGGCGCAAUCAGCGGAGAGAUCGCUUUGAGUCGGUUACUACUUUCCGCUUCUCACGCCCGGCUAGCCAAUCAACCACCUCGCAAUGGAGCGAAAGUUCAACUACGUUGGUUGGCUGCAAGAAUAGAAUGGAUGAGUCGAGCGAUACUAAUUGGACGAUGUGAAAAACCAGCCAUAUCAUUAGGAGAUGAAUUUUCGCGAGAGAAGAACGAACAUGGCGAGUAUAUACGAGCGUGCGUACGCUUGAAUGUGAGAGGAUCGUGGGAGGAUCUGCAAGUGGUGAUCACGAGAAAUACAGUGGAUGAUAUCCAGAAGAUAGUCAAUAAGCUGAAAACAUUCUUUGAGGAACAACUGAAAAGCUCAAAGAUGGUCUGGGGUAUCCAGCAAGAUAGUUCAUCAGCAUCUGCUCCUCAGUCGAAGGAUGAGGCUGUGCCGCCAGUUGCAUGCGCAACGCAGUAUUGGCAGAAAGUGCUAGAUUCAGUUACCGAAAUACAGUUCAAAGAAAAAAUUCUGCCGAUUCCACAGCAUGGAGAGACAGUAGUCGGUGGUUUUGUUGGAUUAGAAGCUGGAAAAGUAUCGCUAGCAUGCAUGCAUGGCGAAAUGAACGCGCACAGUUGGGCCUUAUUCCACCUGCGAUACCCUGGAAUCGUGUUCACCCCCGAAGCAAAAUUCUCAUAUAUUGAUAGGGAACAAGAUGUAAUAGGGGUUGCGGUUCGACAGAAGCUUGUCAUUCGUUUGGGUCUACAAGGAAGGAGGGCGUCUGACAACGUAGCUGAUGUGCCUAAAUUCACUACAGAAAACAUGGCGACCGUAUGUCGUGUUCAGCAAAACCGGAACAGUAUCAUGCGGCAGAAUGCCUCUAUUUCUACAAGUCUCGAUUAUCUUAUUGGGGAUGCGUUGAAACAGAUCGGGCUUGCACCGGUUGCUGCUGACGCCCCCGCGCCAAGCACUAGAGGACAGCACAGUGUUCUGGAACUGUUUCAGUUUCCAGCACUGGAGGCCGUGCUUGUUUCUGAUCAAAUAAAUGAAUGUGAUGUGGAGGAACUGGAUGAAGACGAGAGGCCAGAGGUGCACUCGACUCUUGUUUGUGAUUUUCUUGAUGCAGUCUGUGUACAAACAGACUUCAAUGCUCAAGUCAGCUUCUUGCCGGAGCUACUAAAAAGCUACAUUCAAGUGUCGGAUUCGCCUUUACCCGUUGAGAAACCAUCGCUAAAAACCGAUAGAAGGCGUUAUCUGUGCGAGAAGUGGGCUGUUGAUCCAAAAAUCAGAUUCAUCGAUCGUUUUCGAUGGAACCCACCUGUGAUCGACGAAAUUCUCCGAAAACUACAGAUUUUUGACCAUCGAACCACGAUCCCGAAAGCGCUUCAACGGGCUGUGCUUGAUCCUCUUGACCAAGGUUUGGCAACAGCCUUGUACGAGCUGCUUCGUCUCGUAGAUCGAACGAAACCGCCGCAUGAGCGCUCUGCUAAAGUGUAA